GGAAAGAAAUUCCUAGCAAUUAUAAAGCUUUGAAGGAAAAGAAGAGACAUCCGGAAACAGCAGCGUCAUUAGCCUGCCCAGGGAUCCAAUUCCGUUGUGGCUUUAUGAUCCUGGUCAUUUCAGAUUGGACGACAUGAAUUCGCCGGGGAGGAAUAGGAGCAUUUUGGUCUUGCCCACUAGCUCCCGCUCGGUGACCGAGACCGUCAAUGGUUCGCAUAACUUUGUAAUCAAGGGCUACUCUCUCGCCAAAGGUAUCGGCGUUGGUAAGCACAUAGCUAGCGAGAAUUUCACUGUCGGAGGUUUCCAGUGGGCCAUUUAUUUCUAUCCGGACGGGAAGAAUCCCGAGGAUAAUUCCACGUACGUUUCGGUGUUCAUUGCGCUUGCGAGCGAGGGUACUGAUGUGCGAGCACUGUUUGAGCUGACAUUGGUGGACCAGAGUGGCAAUGGAAAGCACAAAGUUCAUAGCCACUUCGAUCGAUCGCUUGAAAGUGGGCCUUAUACGCUCAAGUACAGGGGCAGCAUGUGGGGCUAUAAGCGUUUUUUCAAACGAGCUCAGCUGGAGGCGUCGACCUUCCUUAAAGAUGACUGCUUGAAGAUAAAUUGUACUGUUGGUGUUGUGGUUUCAUCCAUAGAUUGUUCAAAAUUAAACAAAGUACAUGUCCCUGAGUCUGAUAUUGGUUCACAUUUUGGCAUGCUAUUAGAAAAUGAGGAAGGAUCAGACAUUACAUUCUCUGUUUCUGGGGAAAAGUUUCAUGCACACAAGCUUGUAUUGGCUGCUCGUUCUACUAAAUUUGAGACAGAAUUUUUCAAUAAGAUGGAGGAAGAUGAUCAUGAAGUUGUUAUUACUGAUAUGGAACCUAAGGUUUUCCGGGCACUGCUUCAUUUUAUUUAUAAAGAUACUCUUAUAGAAGAUGAAGAGCUCUUCAUGUCAUAUUCUUCACUCUCAUCAGUAUCUGACACAUUUGCUGCAAAGUUGUUAGCUGCUGCAGAAAAGUAUGGCUUGCCAAGACUCAAACUGUUGUGUGAGUCCAUACUUUGCAAAGACAUUUCUAUAAGUUCUGUUGCAUGUAUUUUGGCCCUUGCUGAUCAAUAUCAUGCCACAGAACUGAAGUCCAUUUGUCUAAAAUUUGCUGCUGAGAACCUUGUUGCUGUGAUGCAAUCUGAUAGUUUCGAGUAUCUUAAGGAGAACUGUCCAUUGUUGCAAUCAGAACUGCUAAAGACAGUGGCAGGGUGCGAAGAUGAAUUUAGUGGAGAGGGAAAAUGUAGUGUGUGGGCCCAGUUUUCUGAUGGCUGUGAUACAAAUGGAGUCGAACGAAGUCAAAAUUUAUGGGUUCAGCUUUCUGAUGGUGUUAACAAUAACAAUAGGAGUCCAGGUGAAGAAGCUUCAUGACGAAGAGGAUCAGACACGAGUGGUCAUUAAACACCCUGCAAGGCCAAGGGGCAGACUGGGGUUGGGGAUGAAAACAUAACAAUGAAAAGAAAGGAGGCUAAAAUAUUGCCACCGUGCCCCCGUUGUAACAUUUGUUAUAAAUGCUUGUUUUAAACACUGAGUUUAACACUAAUAUAUAUGAUUUGACGAGGAUGAAGUGGUGAGCAGUAACAUUGUAACAUUGUAUGUGGCAGAUUGUAAGGCAACUUUAUCACGAGGACUACGUUUUGCUCAUCAGAGUUGUGUUUUUAGUUAAAGGUUUUUGCUGUUGUGGCCAUAGAUUAUUAUUUA